CAGAGAGGGCGGUGCUGGGGAUUCUGGGAAAUGUAGUACAAGAGCCCCGGGUUGUCACGGGUACUUCCGGCCCUGGAGGCCGAUGUGGCAGCCAUCUUUUUCCCGGUUAUGUUACUUCAGGUUCGCUAUUCACGACCCACUCAAACGUCCUCAAGUUGCGCUUGCGGCCAACAGCUACUGGCCUUUAUUUUGGGGAUAAAGAGGAGGAGCGGCUAAAAGUAGAGCCCUGACUUCUCAAAAUACUUCACGGAGAAGGAGAAAACAGCCCCACUCUGCCUUCUUAGGAUUCUGUGUUUCCCCAGAAGGAAAAAGAAAAAAUGAGCAUGUUCAAGGAGGCAGUGACAUUUAAGGACGUGGCUGUGGCCUUCACCGAGGAGGAGCUGGAGCUGCUGGACUCCGCCCAGAGGAAGCUGUACCAGGAUGUGAUGCUGGAGAACUUCAAGAACCUGGUCUCAGUGGGGCCUCACACAGUCCAAUCUGCCAAAUCUCUCCUGGAUUAUUGCAGUAGCCUUCAUACUGGUCACUCGCUUCCACUUGUGCCCUCCUACGGCGAUAACAGUCACAGUGAGCUGAGGACUGUUCGAGACAGAGGACCCCAUGAAGAGCUUUCCUGUUGGGAGAUCUGGCAACAGAUUGCAAACGACUUAACCAGGUGUCGAGACUCCAUGAUAAAAAGUUCUCAGUUCCAAAAACAAGGUGAUUCCCCCUGUCACGUUGGGGCAGGACUGUCUAUUCAAAUUUCUGAAAAUGAGAACUGUGUACCAAAUUAUAAUAUGGAUGGUCCCAAUGACACUGGAAAUACAGAGUUUCCAACCUUGAGAGUGCAGGAUUCUUGGAGGAAAACUUUCCUGACCGAGUCACGGAAUUAUCAGAAUAGAUAUCAGCAAAUUUCCAUGAAGAAUAAACUAUGUCAGUGUAAACAGGACAGUGAUACCAUCAGUUGGCUAUCACAUCACCUCAAUGAUCGUGCAGUACACAAAAGUGAAAAAUCUUACAGCUACAAUGAUUAUGGAAGAGAGAGUGUGAAAAUUGCAACAUUGGAUCAAAAUAAUGUAAUUCAUACAGGAAAAACAACUUACCACUGUAAUGAGUGUAAAAAGACCUUCAGUGAUCCCUCUGCCUUUGAUCUUCAUCUGCAAUUACACUCAAAGGAGAAGUCUCGUAUAUGCAGUGUGUGUGGAAAAGGCUUCUGCUGUAGCUCAGUUCUUCAGAUCCAGCAGAGAAUUCACAUGGCAGAAGAAAGCUGUAAGUGUGGUGAUUGUAGUAAGGAGUUCAGUCAGAGCUCACAUCUGGCACCUCAUGGGAAAGUGCACGCUCCUGUAGAGAAACCAUUCAGAUGUGGAGAGUGUGGGAAAGGCUUCAGUCGUAGAUCGGCGUUUACUGUUCAUGGUAAAUUACACACGAGAGAGAAACCUUAUAAUUGUGAGGACUGUGGGAGGGCCUUCAGUCAGGCCUCUCAUCUACAAGACCAUCAGAGAGUCCACACUGGGGAGAAACCAUUCAAAUGUGAUGCAUGUGGUAAGAGCUUCGGUCGUAAUUCACAUCUUCAGUCCCAUCAGAGAGUCCAUACAGGAGAGAAACCAUAUAAAUGUGAGGAGUGUGGGAAGGGCUUCAUUUGUAGCUCAAAUCUAUACAUUCAUCAGAGGGUCCACACAGGAGAAAGACCCUACAAAUGUGAGGAAUGUGGUAAAGGCUUCAGUCGGCCUUCGAGUCUCCAAGCCCAUCAAGAAGUCCACAGUGUAGAAAAAUCAUACAUAUGUAAUGUGUGUGGUAAAGGUUUUACUCUGAGUUCAAAUCUUCAAGCCCAUCAGAAAGUCCACACUGGAGAGAAACCAUAUAAAUGCAAUGAGUGUGGAAAGACCUUCAGGACAAACUCCCAUUAUCAAGUUCACCUCGUGGUCCACACCGGAGAGAAACCCUAUAAGUGUGAGGUAUGUGGGAAGGGCUUCCGUCAGAGUUCGUAUCUUAAAAUCCAUCAGAAGGCCCACAGUGUAGAGAAACCUUAUAAAUGUGAGGCAUGUGGGCAGGGUUUCAACCAGAGUUCACGACUUCAGGUUCACCAGGUGAUCCAUACUGGGGAGAAACCGUACAAGUGUGAAGAGUGUGGGAAGGGCUUCAGUCGUAGAGCAGAUCUUAAAAUUCAUUGCAGGAUCCACACAGGAGAAAAACCAUAUAAUUGUGAGGAGUGUGGGAAGGUCUUCAGGCGGGCCUCAAAUAUUCUGGCCCACCAGAGGGUCCACAGUGGAGAAAAGCCGUUCAAAUGUGACGAAUGUGGAAAGAGCUUUGGGCGGAGUUCGCACCUUCAAGCCCAUCAAAAAGUCCACACCAGGGAAAAGCCAUACAGAUGCGAAGAGUGUGGGAAGGACUUCAAGUGGAGCUUGAAUCUUGACAUGCAUCAGAGGGUCCAUACAGGAGAGAAACCAUAUAAGUGUGGGGAGUGUGCAGAGCACUUCAGUCAGGCCUCAAGCCUUCAGGUGCAUCAGAGUGUCCACACUGGGGAAUACAAAUGUGACCCGUGUGGUAAAGUCUUCAGUCGGUCUUCACAGCUACAGUCUCAUCAGAGAGUUCGCAUGGGGAAACCUUACAAGUGUGAGAUAUGUUCUAAGACCUUCAGUUGGUGGUCCAAUUUUACAAUUCAUCACAGAAUCUAUGGUGGUGAAAAAUCCUAUAAAAGUGAUAGGGUCAGUAAGAACACGAGAGAGACCAUACAGGAGCACCAGUGUGGAGUGCCAGAAAGAUUGAGGACCGUCAUCCUAGAGCAUCGAUGCGAAGAAUAGAAUACUGAAAAAUUGAGGUAGGACUAUAUGAGCAGACUCCAACAAAGCUGAGGCCUUUAACCUCUAAAUUUAGCUGAACCUUCUUUACCUUUAGAAAGAGGUCUUUCUCCCUUCUCUGAGUUAGUCUUUCUUCGCCUGAAGAACCUGUAAUGAUCUCCCUUGAGGUAGUUUCCUUGCAUGGGACUGUGGAUCCUUGAUCCUUGCCCCCGCCACCUUUCAUUUUUCUAGACCAAUUAAUCAGAUUUUUGGAGGCCAUGGGAAGGGAGUCUGGGUAGGAAGUCGUCAGGUGUCAAGUAUGGCCAUGAGGAGAUACUAUACCUGCCAAGAUAGGAUUUUUAAGAAAUACGACAAUAGAAAUGAGAAAUAUAGUUGUGAAUCUUACGGGUAUUGAAUCAGGUGGAAACUAUAUAAUUUGGAUCAGGCUGGAUUUGUUGAUAUGGGUGCACUGAACACUAUUUCCAGACUCAGGGUGUUAGCUUGAGCGCCUGGGAAUGCCUUCAGCAGUUUGCUCAGUUGAAUGACUGAAACCUGGACCCCAAGUUAGCUUAUGCUGAAGUCAAAAUGCCAGAACUAAGUAUGUUGUAAAACAGAGUUUCUCAACCUGGGCACUAUUAACAUUUUGGUUCGUUAAUUCUUCAUUGUUGAGGGGAUAGGGACAGCAUCUCUGGCCUAUGCCCACUAGAUGCCAGUAGCACAUCCUCUUUUCCCCAAGUUGUAUCAAUUAAAAAUCUGAAGACACUGCCCAAUGGCCCUGCAGGGGAUGGGGCAAAGUUGUCCCCAGUUGAGCACUACUGCUGUAGAAGGAGGAACACAAAGACAGGAGUGCUAGGCUGCUGGAGUGUGAGACCUUCCUGCCCAGCCCCCUGUGUACCCUGGGAGGGAGCCAAGGAUACCCAUUGUCAAAGAUUUAAGAAAUUCUUCGGCGAGGGGAGCGUUGGCCAUCUUGGAGAGCUCUGUAGUGAUGUCUGCAGGCUGGGAGUCAGAGACGGAAAUGAGGACAUCACCAUGGUCUCCUUGAUUCCAUGAGGAUGAUGGGGUCUUGGAGCAUCAGAGGUCAAGUGGUGGUACUUUAUUCACAGAGAAAGUGAUCAUGUUUGUCAUAGUGAACAUCAAACACAAAGGGAUCAUCAGAAUGGUUUGAUUCACAGAAGUUUUCGCGUUUGUUUAUUGAUCAUGCUGUCCUUGGGCCUGAAAUAGAUGGUAAGCCUACUAAUAUCCUAUUUGAUCUGAAUAAUUGGAAAUGCUCUUGGUCUGGUGAACAUAAGUCUGACUUGAAUCAAUGUGAGUUAUGGCCCCUCGGCCAAUUCCACAAUAUCAGUUGGUUCUCAUUUCCAGGUCCCCUCGACUGCAUACCAUAAAUCAUCGUGACUUCCUUAAGGUGAUUUGCAGCCAAAUUUUAUGGAAGAUGUACAUUUGAUGAGUGAAAAUAACCAGAAUAUGGAGGGAUUACUGGACUCUAGUGCUGACAUUAACUCCUAGAACCCCUCAAAUGGCACUAUAGUCCACCAGUUAGUAGACGGACUUAUAAAGGACAAAUAAUGAGUGUUUUUGCACAGGUCUAUGUGGUCCUGUGAAGGAUCCCUGAACCCAUCCGGUGUUUAUUUUCCAAGUUCCACAAUGCAGAGUUGUCAUAGAAAUAGCUGGCAGAAUCCUCACAUUGGAUCCCUGACCUAUGGAAGGAAGGCUAUUUUGAUCAGGAAGGAUAGGUGAACACUAAAACUGCCUCACAAUGUACCAAAACAAAAUCUAAAGCAAUACUAUAUUACUGGAGGGAUCAAAGCUCAGGGCUACAUCAAUUCCAGUCUUUUAUCACUGAUUAGUUCAGGGAUUGGCAAACUUCAUUCCAUAGGUCAAAUCCAGCUGCCAUUUGUUUUUGUAAAUAAAAUUUUAUUGAAACAUAUCUGCAUAUUGUUUAUGGGUGUUUUGGUGCUAAAAUGGCAGAGUCAAGUGGUGACAGAUUAUGUGGUCUUUUGUAUACUCACUGACUCUUUGUAGAAAUAAUUUUAUGACCCAAUACAUAUCUGAUGGUGUAUGAAAUGUCUGUAACAGACAGGGAUGCUACAUGGAGCUCACAACAUUGAUGUUUAGGGUUUUGGAGCAGUGUUAUGUCAUUCUCUGCAGAUGGCAUUACUCCUGGGAAAGCAGCUUCUGGCUCUAUUGGGCUCUAGUUAAAACUAAAUUCUUGGCCACCAUCCAGAAAGUUACCAUGCAAUCAAGUCAUAAAUGUGGGCACACCUGCAGCACUUCAUCUAGUGUGAAACAUAAGCUUGGGCUCAAACUGAAGUCGCAAGUAAGUUGCAUGAGCAAAUGGUUCAGAUCCUGUUUUAGUAUGUUUUUAAGGUUCUAUAUGUCUUUCUAUGCAUUAAAAUUUCACCUUGUGAAUUUUUCUUAGUUCUGUUCAUUUUGCUUUGUAAAGUUUGCUUUGUGAAGCCGUAAUUCUUGAUAAUUUGAAAGUAAUUAUUGUGACCGGAAUAACCAGACUCAACCUGAGUGCUUUGAUUAUAGAAGCAGUUUAUUAGCCGGCGGCCAUCUUUCCGAAGGAGCAGCCCCGAAAUGCCAAGAUACAAGAUUUGUAAUUUCUUGGAAAAAUGAUUUCAGUGGUCCCUAUGGUUUUGAGAAGUUGAUCAUACAAGUCUGUGCUGAAGCUCAUCUUUUCACUCAGAGUAUGUCUAGUUGUCCUCAACAGGCAAGUUCUGAUUUGUGCUAUUAACAAAAGUGGAAAUUUACAAUAUAUCUGCCUUUGUUGGAUUUUUUUUAAUCUUUCAUUCUUUUUAUAUAUAAGUGCCUAAAACUGUGAAAUAGAGGCUAUCGUUUUUUCCUUUUUUGAUAUCAGUCGGUAGAAUUCUAUCAGCACAAAGCAUCACGUUAUUUGUUUCACACAAGACCGACUUCAAAUAUUUGCUAUUAUGUUUUGUCAAUGAGAAAAAGCUAAACUGUACUGGCGUCAGAGAACUGCUUAAGGCCGACAAAAUGACAGGAAGCCAUUAAAGAGACUUCUGGAAGUUGCUGGCUCGUAGGCUGAGAACUCCGAGAGGACUAGUCGGUAACCUAGCCGGCUGUGUUAUGAUGGAGGCGUCGCGGCAGCCGGCGGAGGCUGAGAGGCGGCGGGUGGACGCUCUCCCCCACUUAACCAGCAGCGCUGCCACUUCCAUCGGUACAACAUAUGGCGAGUUUUAUUACCUCUGCGCUCUCCUUUCCUCCUCUAAAACGGCGAGAAACAGCAACUACUGGCUGAAGGGUUGUGAUUCGAAUUAGGAAGCACUGAGUCACCCCACACUAGUGCCUGGGCAUGUCCGCUGCAGCUUAUCUGAGAGACAGACACAGUCGUGCUGUCCCGUGCAUCCUUCGCUUCAGCACCCCUGAAUUUGGAAAGGGGAAGAAGAUGGGAUUUCUUGGCUCCUCGAAGCCUAGCCUCCAGUACAUACUACUCACAGUGCUUUCUUGGUCUGCGCUCUCUUUUCAGUUAAUCAGGUUUCCUUCACUCAGUAAGUUAGUACUAGGAAAAUGUUCAAAUAUUUGUCAAAUAAACCCAAGAAUGUUUAGUUUGCUUCUUAAUAUGCAUGUGUGUUUUUCCAUUCCCCACACACAUUUUAAAUACAAACUUCUUUUUAAAUUUA